AUGUUUUUUAUUGAUAUGCAAUUAAGUUCUAAAUCUGCUUUUAUUGCAAUUAAUAAUAUUUCACAAGGUACAAAUAUAUUAAGAACUGCUAAUAGAAUUUCAUUUAGAUUUUCAGAAUUAUUUACAUUUUUAAGAUAUCCAAAUAAAUUUUGGAUCAAUGAUGCUAGAUUAAUGACACAAAGUGAAUUGGAUAAUUUUCAUAUACAAAAUAAGGAUUUAACUUUAAUUAUUAAAUCUUCAUGGGAUAUUUUAUAUUUAGAUCAUUCAUUUGUUGAUGUUUAUGAAGAUAUGGAUAAUAUUAUAUUUCCAUCUAGAAAUAAUUGUUCUAUUUAUAUUAAUAAUACUAAAUUUAAUAAUUAA